UUACAUAAGAAAUUUUGUAUAUAUUGUAAUGAUUAUAAUUCGUUGAAUUUCGUUAACAUUAAGCUCGAUACUUAAAGAAAUAUGAAACUAUCAAGAAAUUUUCUUAACACUAUAAAUACAGAUGACUCUAACAGUAGUCAUAGAUAUGGUUUCUCAUUGUAUUUGGAAGACUGUAAGAAAAGUUAGGGAUAAUAUAUUAAUUUCUCUUUAAUAUUAUUGAAAAAAGGAUAUCCUCAGGAAGUUGAUUCAGGACUGCUGCGACCAACGGAGCUUAGUCAUGACCUUGUCACUUGGUUGGUUGGAAAUACUUUAUAUAUUGUCCUACAUAUUAAUUAUAUCCGCGAAAAAUAUCACUUGGAUUAAUUUCGAACGUAGAAGCAGAUCACAUGAUCAAUAUGAAUCUAGGCUCACUGGAAUGGAGAAAAAAUUAUACGUUGAUCUUCACAACAUGUAUAGAAGGAAAGUGUCUAUUCCAGCAUCUAACAUGAAAUACAUGGAGUGGAAUGAAGAUUUAGCAGCAAUCGCACAAGAUUGGGCAAAUCAAUGUAUAUGGGAUCAUGGAAAUUUAGAACACUCCAAGUUCGACCGAAUGGGACAGAACUUAUACAAAGGUUAUACGCGUGAUCCACAUCAGGCCAUGAAACUUUGGUUUGACGAAUAUGUUUUCUAUAAUUUUCACGAUGCUUCUUGUAAACCAAAUGAGCAAUGUGGACAUUAUACUCAGGUGGUUUGGGCAAAUUCUCGGUUGGUUGGAUGUGCAUUAAAGCUUAAUUGUUGGCAUAAUUACAGAUUUUAUAUUGCAUGCAAUUACUAUCCUCCAAAAUCCUGUGGAUUAUGUGUGACAAGAAAUCAAUGUAAACAAUACGAUUUAAAUUGUGAGUGCAAUCUGAACUGUUAUAAUUGCGGGACAUUGAAUAAGGAAAAAUGCAAAUGUGAAUGCAAAAGAGGAUGGGAUGGAAUUGAUUGUUCAAUUCCGUGUGCUGACGAAAAUCAAAACUGCAGACCUUGGGUAUGCAAUAGUCCUAAUUUUAAUAAAAAUCAAUACAAUCCAUGCAGAAAAUCCUGUGGAUUAUGUGAAGUUGUGAAUAAAUCCAAUUUGUUGGACACGUGUUGUGAUGGACAGAUGUGUCCAAAAGGUUACGUUUUAAAUCAAUAUCGUCCUUGUUCGUGUGAUAUUUUAUGUCCAGGACCAAUGUGCAAUACAGCUACAACAAAUCCAUCCAAAGAAAAUUUAAUUGUAACUCUCAUAGUAAUCUCUAUUCUCAUCAAACAUUUAAUGUAGGAAACUCUGUUGACUAAUUAGUUUAUUUAAAUUAUAUAAUUAUUUAUAUAAACGUUUACUAUGCUGUUAAUUCUGAUUAAAGAGAGAAUUUUAAUUUGAA